AUGGCUCACAACGUGCUACUCAUCGGCGGCCACGGCAAGAUCGCACAGCUUCUGACUCCUCUUCUACUUGCGCGAUCGUGGAAUGUGACGAGCAUGAUCCGCUCGGCAGAACAAACAGCUACUAUUGAGAAGCUUGGUCAAGGACAGCCGGGCAAGCUCAGCGUUCUGGUCAGCAGCGUUGAAGACGUGCAGAGCGAGAGCGAUGCACAGAAAAUCCUGGACCAAGUGAAACCCGACUGGGUUGUUUGGAGUGCUGGUGCUGGCGGUCGUGGGGGCCUCUCUCGAACAAAGGCCGUUGACCAAGACGCCGCCAUCGCUUUCACCAAGGCUAGCAUUCACGCUCCUAGUAUUAAGAAAUUCCUGACUGUAUCCUACAUUGCAUCUCGCCGCAACCGCGCUCCAUGGUGGACAGACGCCGACUGGGAGUCUGCGCAAAAGGUGAACAACGAGAUCUUGCCUCACUAUUACAAGGCGAAGGUUGCGGCCGACGAAGUUCUGACUGUGCUUGCGAAAGAGCGAUUCGACGCAGAGGCAAAGAAGGGCAUAACAGAGAACGAGCGCUUUGCUGGCAUCAGUUUGAGGCCAGGAACGCUGACCGAGAAGCCCGCUGGCGGAGUCACAGUCGGAAAGAUACCCUCUCGCGGAAACACCAGCCGCGCCACAGUCGCAGAGGCGGUGGUCGCAGUCUUGGCUACGGAGGGCGCAAGAGGAUGGAUUGACGUACUAGAUGGUGAUGAAGAUGUUGAUGCGGCUGUGAAGCGGCUCGUGAAGGAGGGUGUAGACAAUGUAGAAGGCGAAGACUUUGAGGACCAGAAGAAGAGGGCUUACGAGUUGUGA